CGAAGCCUUUUGCUUGUCUCGUCAAACAUCACUUUAUCUUUCUGUGCACCUGAGCUUUGUGUUGCGAGUAGACAUCAUCAUGGAAGGUUUGUCGAUUUUCCUGUUCAGUUCCAACACGAUCUAUCUAUUGGUGACUUGUUUCGUGGUCACACUGAUCAUGCUGCUCUCGGAGAUUCAGCAAAAAGUGAACGCUGAAAGUGAUAAAAUGAAAUCAGUGAAAUCGCUCAUUUUUGGACAGUGGUGGCCAGUGAUUUCGGCGGUUGAUCAAAACAACAACAACAACAACAUGUUGGUGAAAACAUCCAGGAAGGCUCCCGGGCCGAAGAGUUUCCCGAUUAUCGGAAACCUUAAGGAGCUGGAUGGCUAUGAAGUUCCAUACCAAGCAUUCAGUGCUUUGGCGAAGAAAUUUGGCUCGGUUGUUAGUCUGAAGCUGGGCUAUGUGGACGCAGUGGUGGUCAAUGGUAUUGACAACAUCAAGGAAGUGUUAAUCAACAAGGGCCAGCAUUUUGAUAGUAGACCCAACUUCCGCCGCUACCAACUGUUGUUCUCUGGGAAUAAGGAAAAUUCUCUCGCAUUUUGUGACUGGUCGGAAACCCAGAAAGCACGCCGCGAUAUGCUCGUUCCGCAUACCUUCCCACGAAACUUCUCCAGCCGUUUCGAUGUGCUGAAUAAUCUGGUCAACGAGGAAAUUCGUUUAACGAUUGGUGAAAGCCGCGGAUGCGGGGAAAUGGAGAUCAAACCAAUCAUAAUGAACAUCUGUGCGAAUGUGUUUUCCCAGUACUUUGCCAGUCACCGUUUUGAGCUCGAUGAUCCAAAGUUCAAGAAGUUGGUGCAAAACUUCGACUUGAUCUUCUAUGAAGUGAACCAAGGAUACGCCGCCGAUUUCCUCCCAUUCCUGCUGCCCCUGCACCGCAGCAAUUUGAAGCGGAUGGAUCAGCUGACUGAGGAGAUCCGUGAGAUCAUGCUGGAUACGAUUAUCAAUGAUCGUUACGAUACUUGGGUGGAUGGAAAUCCGGAGAACGACUACGUGGACAGCUUGAUCACGUAUGUCAAGAAGAAGAUCGGUCCUGAUAUGGAAUGGGAAACUGCACUGUUCGCUUUGGAGGACAUCAUUGGUGGUCACUCCGCCGUUGGAAACUUCCUCGUCAAAGUCUUCGGUUACAUUAUUCAACAUCCAGAAGUUCAGCACAAAAUUCAAGCUGAAGUGGAUCACGUUCUGGAAUCGGAAGGUAAACAAAUCAUCGAUCUGUCGGAUCGCAAUAGGAUGUGCUACACUGAAGCCGUAAUUAUGGAGGCUCUCCGACUGAUCGCUUCACCUAUAGUGCCACACGUUGCCAACAGGGACAGCCAGAUAGCAGGUUACGAUGUGCCGAAGGAUACAUUAAUCUUCCUCAACAACUACGACCUCAGCAUGUCUGACGACCUUUGGGAAACACCGGAAACGUUCAUCCCCGAGCGUUUCCUACAGAACGAUCGUCUCGUCAAGCCGGACUUCUUCAUCCCGUUCGGAGCUGGCCGUCGGUCAUGCAUGGGCUACAAGAUGACACAGCUGAUCAGCUUUUCGAUUAUUGCAAAUCUGCUGAGAUCAUACAAAAUCGCACCGGUCGCCAACCAAUCCUACUUCGUACCGGUGGGUUCGCUGGCAAUGCCGGAGAAGUCAUAUAAAUUUCAAAUCAGCCCUCGACAUUGAUCUUCUCACUCCCUCAAUCAAUCAAUUUGAAUCGUCGAUUAGGAGCAAAAUACUCGUUUCCCGACCCGAUUUGUAAUUUAAUGCCAUUGACUUCCCAUCUACACACAUCCACACCCACAUAUGCAAAUGCGCCCGCCAAAAACAGAACUGAAAGCGCCGCAUAUGUAAACCUCUCCUGGGCACGUGAUCCAGCAUCCGAGGCGACCGUGGAACCCCUUGGCCCCGUUAGUUAGUAAGCAUUUCAACCUAUUUCCGCAUGCGCUAAAAGCUUGUUGUUAAGAUUGAAAUUGUAAAAGUAUUCACUAUAUUAUUAUCGAAGAUUUGCACGACUGUUGCUGUGAUUUAGUACAAUGAGUAGGAGGAGGAGGUUAGAGCGCAGAGACCCGUGUAGAAAUGCGAUACGAGAGAAAGUGAGAGUGACCAUUAUUAAUUAAGCAUAUUGCUGUGACUAUUAGCUUGUAGCCGUACUUUCCCCAACUGAUAAACUUACGCGUAGUUAGCUUGAUGUCUCCCAUGUGUCGUGCAUCGCUAUUUCACCCCAUAAAAACUGAUAGAUAAAGGAAGUGUAGAAGCGUUUGCCAAAGAUUUAGU